UAACACCCAAUUUAAGUGUAUAAUGUAAAAAGAUUCCAUAAUUUUCCUUUUUGAAAAUUUUGAAAUCCAUGUAAAUAUUUUUUUCCUUCUUUCAGAAAUGAGACAUUUUUAUCUAAAUUACUUCAACGUUUUGAUCUUUUACUGACUUGGGUAUUAAGCAUGGCUAAUAUAUCCUUGGGAGCCUCAAGGAUCUUGCUGUUUUUUCUCUUAAAAUAUCAUCAAAAUUGUCCCACCAUUGCUGCAACAGACAUUAAUACUUGGAGAUUGAUGAGACAUUUGCAACUCAGAUUAAUAACCCCUCUCUCCAUUCUUUGCAAACCUCAAAUCCAAUCACCCUCUUGACUGUGACUCUUUCUUAGUCCUCUGCAACUCUAAAAGAAACCUCCACAUUCCUCUCCCUUUCUCUCUCAUCAUCUUCUUCCCACCAUAUUUAUAUCACCAGGACCAAAACCCAUAUCCCAAUUUCAUCAGAAACCCAUGGAAAACAGAGAGAUUUGAGUCUUUCUUAUAGUUCAGCUCUCAAGCCUGCAACUUUCCAAAUUUGGAAAGUUCUAGCAGGCGAAGUUUGAAGUAGUAGCUUUUCGAAUUUUGGUGAUAAUGGGGCGCCACUCCUGUUGCUACAAGCAAAAACUCAGGAAAGGCCUGUGGUCUCCUGAGGAAGAUGAGAAGCUUCUCAGACAUAUUACAAAAUAUGGCCAUGGAUGCUGGAGCUCAGUGCCUAAACAGGCUGGGCUACAGAGGUGUGGAAAGAGUUGCAGGCUGAGGUGGAUCAAUUAUUUGAGGCCAGAUCUAAAGAGAGGCACAUUUUCUCAGCAAGAGGAGAACAUGAUAAUUGAGCUCCAUGCUGUUCUGGGAAACAGGUGGUCUCAGAUAGCUGCACAGUUACCAGGAAGAACGGACAAUGAGAUAAAGAACUUGUGGAACUCAUGCAUAAAGAAAAAGCUCAGGCAGAGAGGUAUAGACCCCACUACUCAUAAACCACUCUCUGAGGUUGAAAAUGGAGAAGAGAAGACUCAAAACCAGAAUGAGAAAGCUUCUGGGUCCAACGAACUGAAGCUCCUCGCUCCAUCUUCAAUUCCCGAAACCGAAGUCAAGCCUAACCUGAAGCCCCCGCUGAUGACAAACCCAGUUGAGGAUUUAACCCCCAAACUCAAAACCACCAGCACCAAUACAGGACCUACAAAUUCUCUCUCCAAAGAGUUCUUCCUCGAGAGGUUCAUAAACAGCCAUGAAAGCUCGAGUUGUCGAGGUUCAUCAGAUUGCAGUCCCUAUUUCCCACUCAACCCAGUGAAUUAUGGCUCAAAUUGCACCAACCAGGCUAACCCCAUGAAUCUCUCGAUAAACCCAACUCCAAAUCCAUGGUUCAAUCAAAAUUGCAGGCCUCUAACCGACAUAUCUCCUGUUACUUCGAGCUUAAUGGAUUCUCCUGCCUGCAAGCGAACCCCAAUAAUCCAACCAUCUCCAAACUUUAAGCCCUCCAUUAACCAAGAAUUCAUGGCUGAUAAGUAUUGGGAAGCUGGAAGAAACUGUAACAAUAGUAGUAACAGUGGGAGCAGUAGUAGCAUUGAGUUUCAAAGCACUAACACCACCUCCUUAUUUGAGAACAGUGUGUUUUCUUGGGGCUCAGCAGAUGGCAGGGUUGACUCUUUGGAUAUAAGUUCUGAGAAAAAUGCACCUAUUCGUUUAGAGGGAGAAACAGAGGAUGUGAAAUGGUGUGAUUAUCUCCAUCUCCCAUUAGUCCACCAAAUAUCAGGAGUAAUUCAAAACCAGAACCAGCCAUUAUAUAGUGAGAUAAAAUCAGAGGACCAAUUCAGUUUGAGCUCAUGGCAUCAAGACCAGAGCCAACAAUUACAGAGCAACGACAUUUUCGCAAAGGAGUUUCAGAGAAUUGCAGCUGCUUUUGAACAAAUUUAACCCAAGAGAGAAUUUGCUUGGAGAAACUUCUGAUUCUUAUGGAAAAAGGCUUGGAAUCAGGAAAAGAUUUUCCUCUCGUUACAGGUCUGAAUAAAAAGCUUCAAAAAAUUUACAGGUGUGCCAUAGAUUUUUCUCUGUAAAUAGGUUCUGGUACAGGAUUGAGUUUGUAAUCUCUGAAUAUUUUGUGCAGAAACAGGCUGAGCCCACCAGUCCAUACUGGUGGGCAAAAGUGAAAAAUAAAGCUUGUUUCAGUGGCAACUGUUUUUCCUCUUUCUUCUUUCUUUCCCAUGCUUGUUCAUUUCCCUCUUGCUUGCAGUUACAGAUUGCAAUUGUGUCUGAAUUCAGGCUGUAUCAUCUCCAAAUUAUCUACUUUGAAUUGUUGGUGA